CAAGGGAGGGCUGUCGUUGCUGUUCUGUUCGUUCUGUUCUGCGUUCUGCUUCUGGUUUCUGUUUCUGACUGACAGAAGCUGAAUCUGUGCGUCUGCAAGUUUUAGGUGUUUGUGUAAUGGAUUGAAGAUUAUUUACAUAUUUAUAUGUUAGCAAAAAACCAUCAUUUGUGUUAAACACGUUUGUUUGAAAGAUAAAAAAAUGACUCAACAGUUAGCAAUUAGAACUUUUACACCUAAUAAUAGGGAUGAUGCUUAUAACAACAGCUGCUCAAGCCUUUGAUAAUGGUCUUUGGUAGUCUUCCCUCUGAUCCUCCGACUAUCAUUAUGUCAACUUCAUAUCUAUGCUGAGUCCUAUACUUGUAGUUAUAAAAUGCAACAAGAAGGCAAACCAAAGUUCCUUAGAUUCCAUCAGGGUAGUGUACGGGGAGUCGCCUUCAGUCCAAGGGAUCGGUACCUGUUUUGCUCCGGUGCUUACGAUGGAAAAGUCAACCUGUAUUCUGCUUUACGCAUGGAACUACUCAUGUGCUACCAGAUCACCACCAUGACUUUAGCGAGAAACGUCAAUGCCGUACGGUUUACUUCUGAUGGAUCGAGAAUUCUGGCGGCAACAACGGCGCGGCGGUUGGCAGUGGUGGAUGUGGAGCGAGGGGAGCAGCUGUUGGCGUACGACAACUGCGCGUAUGGAGGAAGAGAGCGCUCCGGCCUCGCUACCGAUCCUGUGUGUCCCAACAUGGCCGUCUCCGUGGCAGUGAACGGUAAAGGCCUCACACUGCUGGACCUGCGGAUGCCUCUGCCACUCGACUUUGUCUAUGAUUUGCACGAGAGUCAAAUCAGAGACGUUUGUUUCCUCCACGGGUCGUGGCCGUGGGCGAGAGGUCACCAGUCGUCCAUCUUGACCGCGGGGUUGGAGGGUACAGUCAAGAUUUGCACGCUAGACGGUCGAGUCCUUCACAGUUUCACAACUGGCCACUCGGUCAACACCGUCUGUCCAACUCCCGAGGCAUUCAACCACUGCGCAGACGACGGAUUCACCAGUUUGAUCCUCAGUGGUGGUGAGUUGGUGUCUUCGUAUGUACCUGAUUCUGGAAUCCAAGAACAUCUCAAGGAACACAAGGAGAUGCCCAUCUGGAAACUCAAAUACACGUCACAAGGCAGUAUAUUGUACUCAGCGUGUGACGGAGGAGUUUUGAGGAGAUAUCGCAGAUAUCCAGACCAUCACCAGUACUUGGGGGAAGUGUACAAACACAAAGGAGACAUCCAGGACUUGGACAUCUCACCCUACGAUGAAUACAUCAUCACGGCAUCCAAGGACAAAUCCGUGGGUGUACUGAGGCUGGGAGCACCGAACCACGGUUGGACCGAGUACUGUGAACUCACAUGAUACAUAACAUGUGUUCUUCUUCUCAGCUGUGUAAAUUGUGUACAAAACUAUUCAAUUUUAACCAUUGUUAAGUCUACAUACAGCAACGUUUAAACGCGCUAUCAAACUCUUCCUUUACAAUUCUCAGUUCACCAAAGACUAUCUACACAUCGUUGAAUGAUGUAAACUAGUUAGUAUUAUUUCCAAAUACUUAAUUACGAUGCUUUAAUUUCUUGUAGAAUAUUGUAUAGUUUAAUGAAUUUUAAUCUUUA